AUGCUUUCUUCUUAUACUAAGUCGCGCUAUGCAAUUACAAAUAUUCAAAAUCUUUUUAAGAAUCAAAAAUAUAUACGGUCGAUUAGUACGACUGUAAGAACAAGAUUUGCCCCGUCACCAACUGGGUUUCUACACCUCGGAUCUUUAAGAACGGCUUUAUUUAAUUAUUUGUGGGCUAAAAAAUGUAAUGGGGAAUUUAUUGUGCGUUUAGAAGACACCGAUCAAAAAAGAAAAGUCAAUAACUCAGAGCAAUCCAUUUACGAUCUGUUACAAACUUUCGGACUUCAAUGGGAUGAAGGCCCGAUUACGGGAGGCCCCUUCGGUCCUUACGAACAGUCAAAGCGAUUGCACAUUUACUCAGAAUACAUCUCCAAGUUAUUAGCUUCUGGGAAAGCGUAUAAAUACUACGACGAAUGCUCAACGCUGUCUCCUAAAACAGACAAAACGCCCUACGUCGUCCGAUUUUGCUCACAGGAAGGAGCGACGAGCUUUGUUGAUACAGUGUAUGGAAAAAUUACGAUUAAGAAUAAUACGCCGAAAGUACUUAGCGAUGAUUUUGUGAUUUUGAAGUCAGAUGGCUAUCCAACUUAUCACUUUGCUAAUGUAGUCGACGAUCAUUUAAUGGGAGUUACUCAUGUAAUACGGGGAGAAGAAUGGAUUCCGUCGACACCAAAACACAUACAACUUUACAAGGCGUUUCAGUGGCAGCCUCCAACAUAUUCUCAUAUUCCCUUACUGACAAAUCCAGACGGGUCCAAGUUAAGCAAACGUCAAAACGAUGCUCAUGUAACCAGCUUACUUGAAAGAGGUUUUGAGCCCAUGGCAAUUCUUAACUUUCUCGCACUCAUGGGAUGGUCUUCUAGACAGAAAAGCGACAUUAUCCCCCUACCACAACUUUUGGAGGUAUUUUCUAUUGAUAGAUUGACGAAAGGUUCUUGUAUAGUAGCAUUGGAGAAAUUACAAUUCCUAAACAAACACUAUCUUCGAGAAAGGAUGACUGAUCCAGUGCAACUUGAUCAGAUUGUAGAAGAAAUGCAGAAAGGCUUAAAAAAAAAAUACCCCAAUUCUUUGUCUCGAAUUUCCGACUCAGCUUACGUUCGCCGAUGUCUGCUUUUGUUACACAAUCGUAUACGAACUCUUCCAGAAUUUAUAGACCUUUGUGCUUAUUUCUUUGAAGAUCCCUUACAAAAUACGAUACAUCAUAAAUUAACUUCAACAACAAAUGUGCCCAUGCUAUUAUCCCGUCUUCUUCAUGAUUUACAAGCAUGUUCCUGGCAGUCUUUAACUCUUCAGACAGUUCUUAAAGACACUUCCAGCGCCUUUGGGCUCCCAUUGGGAAAGCUGCAGUCAUUGAUUCGCCAAAUCCUGUGCGGAUCUAUUCCAGGUGCUAAUUUAGCAGAUACAAUUCAUAUACUCGGUCGAGAUACUACCCUUCAUAGGAUAGAGGCUUAUAAGAAAACUAUUUAUUGA